AUGGCUAGCAAAAGAGUUCCCUCAAGAUUCGGCUCCAUCCAUGAGGCGGUCAAGGAACACCGUCUGUCAAUGUUACAAAGACCAAAGUCAGCUGGCACCGACAGGGCACGUAAGAACCUGACUCCCAGCCCAAAAUCGACCAAGUCGGCGCCUCGUAAUGGCGAAGAAUUGCACAAGACGGUCAAGACAAUCGAAUUCACUUCCGGUCUGGACACUUUUGUCUUUCCAACACCAUCGCCACGUCAGCCUCAGCGGAGCGCGACGUUUCAAGGCAUAUCUGCCUCUCCGACUAUUUCGCCUACCGACUCGGGUAUAGGUCUCGCGAUUGGCUCACCGUCUCAAGCACUGUUCCCACCGAGCGCUGUGUUGUGUCAGCCGACGCAUCCCGUCCCGAAACAAAUUAUCGCUGAGCAGCAUCAUCCCGAUGAGAGACGGGGAGCGUCAGUCGACGUUCUGGACGAGAGGAAGAGCUCAACGAAAGAAGCGAUGACUCAAAAGAAGCCUCUGGGCUGGAAGGCAUUCAGCAACAUCUUCCGGAAGCCAUCAAUGGCCAUCAGGGGCCGGAACCGUCCCGUAGUUGUUGUUGACGACGUGCCACCGGCCCUGCCACCUAAGAUGCCUGUUCAGCUGCCCUCAUCUCUCCCAGUGACACCGCCAAAGUCGAUGCUACCUUAUCAACAUUAUGCUCGUCCCGCGACAAGAGAUAACUCUCAGCUUUACCCGUUCCCGCUUCGAAGCGAGAGUGCCGCUGCCACAUACGCCAGAGUUGAGAAAAUGACGCUAGUGCCUCAUGUUGUAAUCAAGACAAGGCAUUUACCUCGACGGGAGUCUAGUAUGCCACCGAUCCAUUUGGCAGAGAAGCCCACCGCUGUCAUCGAAGAUAAGGCUGAGCAGCCGAUUAUCAUGGUGCGCAGUGAUUCUCCACUCGACAACUAUGACAACGAUACGCCUGCCACUCCUAAGUUGGAGCUCGAUCUUCCAAGUCCACACCUGGAAAGGUAUUCGGUCAUGUUCGACGGACUGCUUCAUCGUCAAUCUUUCAUGGGCUCUUCGUUGAUGGACCGUAGGCACAGCAAGCUCAGCGCCUCACCUCAAGAGGCAGAAACCUCAUCGCAGCGAUCAGUCUCUCCUCUGUUGUUGAACGUCCCAGGAUCAACCGCGAUCAAUCGUCCUCGUCCUAUCCGCAGGUCAAACACCGCUCCUCCUGGAGCCACCUCACCUGUAGGCGGGGGGUUCGCCAAGACUACACGCGUUCCUAGAGUGAUUGUUGAAUCACCUCAAACACCCUGGUCUGCGACGUUCACCUCGGAUGGAUCCGCGCCCCCAACGCCCACGACUGUGAAUACCUGCACAGAUACAUCUUCGAUCUUGCGCGACAUCGAGGAGCAGGAGCCCGUCUGGGAGAUGCUCACCUCUGGAGCUAAAGAAGAAGACACUUGCGAAUCUCCUUUGAUUCAUUGGCUUCCUGGGCGAAAUGAUGUGCAUGUUGCCCGUCGUGUCAGCGUUAGCAGGACGCAUGACCGGGCGCAGAGCGUUGUCAUGUGCAGUACGGCGUUGCGGCCGCGAGUGGUGAAUAUGAGCAAGAACCGUAGGAGCACUAUUGCGGUGCUUGAGGUUGCUGAAGUCGCAGUUGCAUGA